AUGAAGAAAAUAGAGCUUAAAAAACCAAUUUUAUAAAAAGACAAAGAAAUAUAACCUAAAAUAAUAAAUAGAAAUAUCCUGCAAUAAAAAGUUUCUACACUUAUUAAAAGUAAAAAUAAAGAAUAAGACAACAUACUUUAAUAAGAGAGCCUUGGAAAUGAAGUUGAUAAUAAAAAAAUAAUAAAUAUCAAAAUGAUAGUUAAAAAAUCAAAUUAGAUAGAAGAUGCUUAAAAAUAAUUGCUAUUAAAAUUGUAAAAAAAUAGUUCUAAAGUUAACUUAUAUCUCAAGACUUAUUUUGCAGAUGAUUAAUAACUAUUAAAAUUUACUAUAUGUCUUUAAAAAAUUGCUCAUUAAUUGACUUACUUCACUUGGAUUAUAGAAGGUAAAUUCGCUGAUGAUGGAUAAGCUAAAUGUAUUGGAGAUUUUAUUGGUAAGCUAACAAAUACUUAUAGGUUAGAUUUAAAAUUAGAUAAAACAUAUUUCGCUGACACAGGGGCAAUAUAUUUAUCAAAAGGUUUAAAAAAGCUAAAAAAUCUUCAUGUUUUUAGUUUUGAGUUGAAUGAAGACCUUAGUGUUAUCUGUAAACAAAUAACAGAGUUAGGAUAUCAAAAAAUAUUUGAUUCAAUAAAAUCUUUACCUAAUUUGGAAAUAUUUGAAGGAGAUAUGUUUAAAGAAUAUAUUAAUCAAAGUAAUUUAUCUUUAGUUUAAAAUGAAAACUUCCCAAAACUUUCGAAUUUAUUUCAUAACUUAUAUCUUGAAGAUUAAAUUGAUAAUAUAAAAUAUAUCUUAGAAAAAAAAAAGAAUGUUUUAAUGGAAAUUUCUUUUUUAAAUGGUGAAGACAAAAAAUAAAAUUAAUAUGAAAAUACUUUAUAAAUACUUUAACUUAUUUUCAAUUUACCAUAUUUAAUCAAAAUUGACUACUUUGACAGAAGGUACUUUUCUUAAACAGAAGAAGAUAACGAGUCUUUAUUGAUUAUAAAAAUUAAGUAAAUAAUUUGUGAGUUAUCAGAAACUAGAGCGAAAUUGAUUAGAUUUAUUUUAGCUUUUGAUUAAUUUAUAAAAAAUGAAAUGAUAGUUAACCCAUAAUAAAUUAUUUUAGAUUUAUAUUAUUGA